CCCGCUCGCUUCGUGCUCUGGCGCAGCGAGCUGAGGCGGAAGGGAAACUCGUCCUCGCGGUGUGUGGCUGUGUUGUGCUCGUUCCUGCCUGUCUGCUGCGGACUUACACCGUUUUGAGGGUGUAGAAAAACAGCUUUGUUUGCUGUGUUUACAUCCGGACCCCCCCGAGUUAAAAACAUCACAGGACUGCCGAAACACCAGGGAGGGAUGGAGUCUCACGGCAGAGACGACCUGAAGGGACCGGUGCUGCACAUCGUGGUGGUUGGAUUUCACCACAAAAAGGGCUGUCAGGUUGAAUUCUCCUACCCGCCGUUGAUGCCAGACGAGGGCCAUGACAGUAACCUGCUGCCAGAGGAGUGGAAGUACCUCCCUUUCCUGGCCCUUCCUGACGGGGCGCACAACUACCAGGAAGACACGGUGUAUUUCCACCUGCCGCCGCUGAGUGGAGACAUGAAGUGUGUCUACGGAGUGUCCUGUUAUCGCCAAAUAGAAGCAAAGGCCCUCAAGGUCCGACUGGCUGACGUCACCAGGGAGACCGUUCAGAAGAGCGUCUGCGUCCUCAGUCGAGUGCCUCUCUACGGCCUGCUUCAAGCUAAACUGCAGCUCAUCACACACGCCUACUUCGAGGAGAAAGACUUUUCACAGAUCUCCAUUUUAAAGGAACUGUACGACCACAUGAACGGUUCUCUGAGGGGUUCAGCCCUAGAAGGAUCACAGGUUUAUCUUGGGUUAUCACCAAGAGAUUUAAUACUGCACUUUCGACACAAGGUUCUCAUCCUCUUCAAGCUUAUUCUGCUGGAGAAGAAGGUCCUGUUCUAUGUGUCUCCUGUCAACAGACUAGUAGGAGCUCUGAUGACAGUUUUAUCACUUUUUCCAGGUAUGAUCGAGCACGGCCUGGUGGACUCGUCCCACUACAGGCCUAAGAGCAGCGUGUCUGAGGACCUGAUCCUGGUGGAGAGCAUCUCAGGAGCCGAGGAGUUCGUCUCCGUGUCCGUCACGGACCUCGCCAACACCGCGCUGGAGGCAGAGGAGACUCCGUCCUCCGGGAACAGCACGGAGGGGGACAACCACCUCCUGAAACCCCCGUCACGCACCUCUCCAGAGUCCUCAGAGAGCGAGUGGGAGACUCUGGACCCCAGCGUGUUAGAGGAAAGUGGUCCUAAAGAGGCAGCUGAGGGGAAAGAGACGGAUUCAGAGCUCCCGGACGCCUUCGACUCCAAGCCGGGAACGCCCAUCACUGUGCAGCCACAGGCUGCCAGCAGUCAGGGAGGGGUCAUCCAGGGUCUGGUGUCUGGCCUGGAGGAGGAUCAGUACGGCCUGCCGCUCCCCAUCUUCACUAAGGGUUACCUGUGUCUGCCCUACAUGGCCCUGCAGCAGCAUCACCUCCUCUCAGACGUGACGGUGCGCGGCUUCGUUGCAGGGGCGACCAACAUCCUCUUCCGCCAGCAGAGGCACCUCAGUGACGCUGUUGUUGAUGUGGAAGAAGCCAGUGUCCAGAUCCAGGAUCCCGAGCUCCGGAAAAUCCUGAGCCUGACGACGGCGGACCUACGUUUCGCUGACUACCUGGUCAAACACGUGACGGAGAACCGCGAUGACGUUUUCCUGGACGGGACGGGCUGGGAGGGCGGAGACGAGUGGAUCAGAGCCCAGUUCACCCUCUACAUCCACUCCUUACUGUCUUCUGCAUUACAGCAAGAUAACGAGAGGCUGCUGGCUGAUUACGGCGCGCCUUUCGUCGCAGCCUGGAAGAUCACCCACAACUACCGCGUGUGGUACAGCAACAAGCACCCCGCCAUGGCCGCCAUCACCCCGGGACACCCGUUCCAGGGCCAGUACAGUGUGGCUGACGUAAAACUACGACUCUCACACUCGGUGCAGAACAGCGAGAGGGGGAAGAAGAUCGGAAACGCCAUGAUCACCACCAGUCGCAACAUGGUCCAGACGGGGAAGGUAGUGGGUCAGUCGGUGGGCGGAGCGUUGACCAGCGCCAAGUCAGCUAUGUCCUCCUGGUUCUCCACACUGUCGCAGCCUCCAGCUGUAACCACCCAGGCCGGUCCAGAGCCCGCCACAGAGGUCAAACCUUGAAACCAAACCAGUCCUCUGUCUCUGACUGUCUCCUCGUCCUCUGAUCUUCUCGCUGCUGUGAAGCCCUGAGGGUCAAGGGAGUGAGGGCUGCUUUUAUGAAGGAUGUGAACAGAAAUGGUCAUCUUCAGAAUAAGUGAGUUUUAAGUCUGAACCAAAAAAAAAACAACAACUGACAGUGUCAUCCCUGGUUUGGUGGACGCCACUCUGGACAGGAAGGCAGCGCUGCCGUUAUACUAACUGUACAGUCCAUAUCCACUGUGAUACUGCCAGCGCUAUUGAUCAAAACCCAUAAAUUUCAGCAGGCUGCAUCACGUCUGUCACUGCUGCAGUUUGUGCCGCUGGAUGCUUUCCUGUGAGGAGCUAAAGAUGCUGUCGUUGGGUUUUGCGGUGUUGACUGUUUGCUGCAUAUUUCUAGAGUUUGUCUAUAUAGUCGACUAUUUUGCUGAGAAAUUAAGUUUUAACACAAAAUAAAAUCUGGGUCACGGGAUUUGACAGAACAGCAUGAGCUGUGACAACUUGAAGAUUUCUUUUUGAUUUUUUAAAAUUCUGUCUGGCUCACGUUCAGUGAUGCCUCUGUAGUGACAUUGUGGUUGUCGUGGUGGGAGCGUGAAUUCCUGUGUGAGACGUGAUAGUGUAAAAAUACAUGUUGAAGCUCCAGCUAAAGCUCCAAUUAUUUUAAAUUAUUGAUUCAUUUGUAGAUUACUUGCAAGGUUAUUCGUUUAGUCCAAAUAAAUCUCCAUCACAGUCCGAGGUUAACGUCAGUGGAGCCCCGAAACUGAAUAGUGUAGUAAAAACAGAAGUCAAAAAUAUAAAUAAAUAAUUUAAGUUGAGAUAUAAAGCUUUAUAUUUUUUCUUUAACCUCUAAUCAGUUGGAAGCAAAAGUUUUUUUUAAAUUUAUUUUUACUUGUAACAAAGCAAACAAAGCAUUUUAGCUGGCAAGAAAAACGCUAACUCACCUGGCUAAUGCUACUUAGAAGUUGUGUUUGUUUAAUUUGUUUGACAAUGUCAAUGAAUAAAAAGACUUGAAAUCAUACACAUUUACAGAAUAUUUAGGUUGAAAUAAUAAACUCCAAGAUUUACUUAAAGAAGAUAAAGUGUCUUUAAACUUCCAUGUUGUGUUAGCUAGCUAACGUUAUUAGCGUUAGCUGGUUGGCUAAAAUGCUUUAGCUACAGUUACAAGAGUGAUACUACGGGAAAAUGCAGGACAGUAUUUGGAUGCUCAACAUUUACUGAACUGGCUGGUGUAGUUUUAUCACAAAUGGUGGCAUCAGUGAGGUAACUGGCUGAAAAGGUGGGUGGUCAAUGUGUUUAGCUGUCAGUGUUUAUGCUAACUAGCAGCCACACAGUGAUGAUUGAUUAAUAAAUACGUGCCAAUACCAACAAAAUAGGAAAAUGAAGGAUUAAAAAAAUGAAAUGAGUGAAAUAACUUUAAAGUUUUAAUUUGUUUUAUCAACUGGUUGGCAAAAGAAAAAAAUAUUAAAGCUUUUUGCAAAAACAAAUAAUCGGAGAAGUGUAAAGCUUUAGAUUUUCUAUAACACUUUAUUUUAAAUAUGUAAUAGUAUUAUUUAUUGAUGAAUUCAGUUAGGUUUUUACUUUUAUUACAUUGUGUGAAUUUCUGGGCUCCAUUCACAUCUUCAACAGUCCAAAACCCCUAAAAUAAUUAUUACAAGAUUUUAUGAAAGCAGCAAAUUCUCACACUUUACGAAUUACCAUUAGAAACACAGAAUAUUUGGCAUUUUACUUGUUUAACACAUUCCCAAAAUUAAGGUAAUUAAAUAGAUUUUUCUAAUAAUUUUAGCUCUAGAUUAUUACAUUCCCUUUUUUAACAGUUAUCUGCUCUCAAGCAUCUGUGACAAAUGCAAAACACUACAACAACAUGAUUACAAUAUCUGAAAACUGUUACUGCAAUAACCACAAUGUUAUUACUUAAAUCCUUGUGUACCUAAUGCCUGACUAUGUGCCCUGAUGAAAACUUCCCUUAACUAA